AUGCGGGCGAGAUUUGGUCUUGCAGACCCAAAAUGUGGGAUCGAAAGACAUACCUCGAGAUCUUUCUCGCGCGGCCGCCACUGCUUUUUAGGGUCCCCGACCGGAUGGAUUUAUCCGCCACGAUGGCCAAAUAGCUAUGUCCGCCAGUUCCGUACUCUUUCUGGGCUGACACUGGAGUGCCCUAAUCUUCGCUCAUGGGGCCGUCUCCUCCAGCACUGCGCCUCCGCCCAGGAUCUCCACCAGGGCAGGCUUCUCCACGCACAGAUCUGGCGCUCACCGGAGCUCCGCCGCAGCGUCUAUCUCUCGAAUCUCCUCGUGCGCAUGUAUGGGAUGUGCGGGAGCCUCGAGACCGCGCAGGAAAUCUUCGAUGGAAUCCAGGGCAGGAACCAGUUCUCAUUGAACAUCAUGCUGGGGGCGCUGGCGAUCGGGGAGAGGCUGGAUCGCGCGGCGGAUCUCUUCGACCGGAUGCCGCAGCGGAACGAGUUCUCGAUCAACACCAUCCUCACGGCGUAUUCCCGGCAUGGGCAUGUCGGUCGUGCCAGGAAGAUCUUCGACGAGAUGGAGGAUCCGGAUGUGUUUGCCUCCAAUGCGAUGCUCAAUGCUCACAUCGCGGCGGGCGAUCUCCGCGGCGCCGAGGUUGCGUUCCACGCGAUGAGGAUCAAGGAUGUGGCGUCCUGGACGACGAUGGUCGCAGCAAUUGCCGAGGCUGGGCAAAUCCACGACUCGCUGGCAAUGUUCCAGCGGAUGCCCGCGCACAAUCUCGUGACAUGGAACAGCGUCAUCGGGACGUUUGCCGCGAGUGGAUUGCCGGGCGAAGCGAGAGAGUUCUUCGCGCGGAUCCCUGGAAGAAAUCUGGGAUCCUGGAACGCGCUCCUGACUGGGUACGCGCAGGAGGGGCAGGCCCGCGAGAGUGGCGAGGUCUUUGAUCGAAUGCCGCAGUGGAACGUUGCCUCCUGGAAUGCCUUGAUUCCACACAACGAGGACGCCUCGGCCUCGAAGAUGGUCUUCGAUGAGAUGCCCGAGAGGACGCUAGUGUCGUGGAACUGUGUUCUCACGGCGUACGGAAUGGCCGGGCACUUGGCCCUCGCCCAACAGGUGUUUGAGAAGAUUCCCGAGCGGGACGUCGUAACUUGGAACACCACAAUCACUGCAAAUGCCGUGCGAGGGGAUUUCUCUCGCGCAAAGUCCCUGUUUGAUUCGGUCCCAAAGCGAGAGCUUCUGUCUUGGAACGCCAUGGUGGUGGGAUAUUCCUUGCACGGAUGCCUCACAGAGGCAAAGAUUCUGCUGGAGCGAAUGCCGUACUUUGAGUUCGUGCCGUAUAAUGCAUUGUUCCAAGCAUAUGCCCGGGCUGGUCACGUAGAGGAGAGCCAGAUUAUGUUUAAUCUUCUCACCGGGCGGGGGAUAUCCGCGUGGACGUCGCUGGCCGCAGCGUACGGACACGUCGGCCAAACCAAAACGGCGAAGAUUGUGUUCGAUGCCAUGCCCAGACACGAUGUUUGGGCAUGGAACAAUCUUCUCGCGGCAUAUGCCAGGAACGGGCAUCUUUUUGAUGCCAGGGGGAUCUUUGAAAAGAUGCCAGAGCCAGGCCUUGUGUCCUGGAACACAUUGAUUGGGGCGUAUGCUCUGGAAGGGCAUGCCGCGGAGGCGAUCUCACUAUUUCACGAAAUGCAAGGCUUUGGGAUUGGAGCAAACGAUGUGGUUUUUGUGGCAACGCUCACGGCUUGCAGCCACUUGGGUCUGCUAGACAUGGCCAGGGAUUACUUCUUCUCGAUGAUUCGUGACCAUUGGAUCACCCCCAUUCCGGAGCACUACGUAUGCAUGGUCGACAUCCUGGGCCGCGCGGGCAAGCUCGCCGAGGCCCAGGAGCUGGCGGACGGGAUGCCCUUCCCGCCCGAUCCCGCCACGUGGCGCUCCAUCGUUGGCUCGUGCCAGAUCCACAGCGAGGCCACGCUGGCGUCUCGGGCGGCCGAGAGACUCGAUCCGGGAACCUCCGAUCCAUACGUGCUCCUGAGGAACAUCAACAUUAACGAGUGA